GAACGCAUUUUCACGCCUAUCUUUUUCUCUCUUUAAGACGUGAAGAACGGGGAUUGAAAAGACCGUUAGUUGCUCCCCAUAAAAAGCCGACGAAGAACGACGCCGAACGACGACGACGACGACGACGACCGAUCUCCUCUCGAUCUCCUCUCGCUCUCUGCAUUCCGAGAUCGGACUCGAAGGAGGAGGAGGAGGAGGAGGAGAAGAGGAAGCGUCGUCGGAGCGACACCGAAUCCAAUCCGAUACGUCCGCCGGCAAUGAGAGGGAUGCUGGUUGAGGCGGCGGCGGCGGCGGCGGCGGCGGCGGCGGUGGCGGCGUCUGGAUCGUCGUCGACGGCGGCGUCGUCGUCCUCGUCGGCGCCGCCGGCGUCGGCGUCGGCGUCGAUCUUCAACAACUACGCCCUCCUCGCCGCUUUCGCCGCGUUCGCCAUCGCUCAGUCCAUCAAGUUCUUCACCUCCUGGUAUAAGGAAAGGAGAUGGGAUCUCAAACGGCUCGUUGGAUCUGGAGGGAUGCCAUCUUCUCAUUCUGCGACCGUAACAGCUCUCACAGCAGCAAUUGGGUUUCAAGAUGGCUUCGGAGGAACAACAUUCGCCAUCACAUUGAUCUUAGCAUUGGUGGUGAUGUAUGAUGCAACUGGUGUUCGGUUACAGGCUGGACGUCAGGCAGAGGUGUUAAAUCAAAUUGUAUAUGAACUUCCUGCUGAGCAUCCCCUCGCCGAGAGCAGGCCACUGCGUGAACUUCUAGGCCAUACUCCUCCUCAGGUCAUCGCUGGUGGGUUGCUCGGAAUUGUUACUGCAUCUGUAGGGCAUAUGAUCAUCCUGGCAUGCAGCUGAUGUUACUAACCAGUCGAUUGUGCAGAAAUCCGAAGCACUGCGCUUCAACAUGUAAAAAACUCAAGCCGAGGUCACAGAUGGAAGGAUGUCCAAGCACAUUAACUCCUUUCUCAAACAUGUGUUUCUUGAUGCCUUAAUUCAGCAUUUGUUCCUGAUGAACUUGACACUGUAAAAUAGUACAAAAUGAAAGAUUCAAAGAUUGAAUACGGUUGCCGUCU